AUACACUGUCACCGUUAUAUAUCAAACCUUCACCACCACCGCCAACUUUUAGAAACCCUACAUCGCCAUAGUACAAUAAUCCAUCAACAUCGUAUGGAAAUUCAUCGUCAUCGUAUAGUAAUUCAUCGCUAACAACAUCAUACAGCAAUUCAUCGUAUGGGAAAAUUACCGUGAAGCAGGCAACACCAUCACCAGACAUAGGUACCAAUUAACCCAAUACCGUCGCCAUCAUAUGAACAAUACACCACAUUGCAGCCAUCCGUCAGAGAUUCACGAAACGAUCGUGUGUAUUUAAUGAACUCUCUCGGGCGAUCUAUUGCACUAUACGGGGUAGAAAUUUGGGGUUGGGGUAAAUUAGAUAGUAUGAAAAUAGUACAAGGGCGAUAUUGCAAAAUGGCUCUGGGAGUAACCAGAAACACCCCAAAAUAUAUAUGGAAAAAUGAACUGAGAGUGGAAGAUAUAGAGUAUACAAUCAGAGAAAGAGCUUUUAGGUACAUAAAAGAUGUAGGUAGUGGGGAUGAGUAAUGAGACAUGGCCUAAAAUUUGUCUAUUAGAGGAAAUAAAUUGAACUCCUUCAAAAUGGGGAAAAUCCGUAUAGGAAAUAUUUAAUGAGCUAGAAAUUACGGACGUGUGUAAAAUGAUAUGGGACGGAAGGGGUGCGGAAGAACAAUACAGGGUUCUUAAGAAAGGAUUGAAUGACUGGUAAAAUAAGAAACAAGAAGCAGAGUGGGUGACUAUAAUAGAAUCGUCUUACAAUAGGAUGUAGGGGAGGCCGGGGCUUCAAUUAACAGAACGGUCUACAAGUUGAAACACGUCAUUCCAGCACAGUGAGCCUUGGGAGUGAGUUAUGUGAUGUGCACCUAUUUUGGUCAGGUAACGAACUUUUUUCAGUUUAAGAUUUUUUGAUUUACGUGUUGAAUAUUUGAUUUCGUCGUGAUAUAUUUUUUUCACAGUAGCUUAUUUUAUUCUUAAUAAUAUUACAUAACUUUACUAACGCUAAUGUACACUAUUCCGUAAUGACAUUUUUUUUUAUUGAAGUGGUAUCCAUGGAUUUAAAAUUAACAAAACAUACGGGGCUAGUAUUAACAUGUUAAUUCUUACCCCGUAUGUGGGGUUAGUAUUAACAGUACAGUAGAAUUCAUUUAUAACGACGUCGCUUAUAACGACUAACCGUUUUUAGCGUUGAUAUUAUUUACUCAAGUUCGGUUUAAUAGUUAGAUACUGAGAAAAUGUAACCGUUUAGUGUGACUCCGGUUUGAGCGACAAACCGUUUAUAGCGACUAUUUUUUACGUUAAUUCGUCCGUUUAAAACGACGCGCCGUGUUUUGUUUCAAUUUAGGUAACGAAUGACCAAUACCUCGGCCCCCACACUUUCCCCGCGCGCUUCACCGUUCAAUUCUCCUUAUUGGCGCGCGUAAAUCACAGUUAGUGUUUGUCACCUGUUAUGACAAGUUCAUAAAGCGCCAUAAAAUGAGUUCUGUGAAGAGAAAGUGUUUUACAAUUGAAGAAAAAAGUGCAAUAUUACACAGAUUAGAAGCUGGUGAAUCAAACGCGACCCUCGCAAAGGAAUUUGGCGUAUCUCAUUCUACAAUAUCAACAAUAAAGAAGAAUAAAUACAAGAUCGAGCCGCUAUUUAAUGCCAAUGUUUUGAAAUGCAAACGUGUAAGAACUUCUAUUCAUGAGCAGUUGGAUAAGGCAUUGUUACAGUGGUUUAAGCUUCAGCGCGACCGGGGAAUACCUCUUAAUGGACCUCUGCUACAAGAGAAAGCAAAUUUUUUUGCUAGACAGUUAGACAUGCAAAAUUUCAUAUGUUCCAUGAGUUGGAUAAACCGUUUUAAAGUAAGACACAACAUCGUCAGUGGAAAGAUUGUUCGCGAGUCUUUGUCAGUACAACAGAGUGAUGUACACGAUUGGUUAGAAAAAGUUUGGCCUACUCUACGUGCUCAAUUUAGUGAUGAUGAAAUUUUUAAUGCAGAUGAGACCGGGUUGUUUUAUAAAUUAACCCCAGACAAGACGUUGAAAUUUAAAGGUGAAAAAUGUACAGGAGGAAAAUUAUCAAAGGAGCGAAUAACAGUGAUGGUGGCAGCCAACAUGAGUGGCACAGCUAAAAAAAAACUUCUCGUAAUCGGGAAAUCUCAACGUCCUAGAUGUUUUAAAAAUGUAGGGCAUUUGCCAGUGGAUUAUGAGAGCAAUCGAAAAGCCUGGAUGACUGGUGACAUUUUUACCAAAUGGGCACGCGCAUGGGAUCGUGAACUUACGAAAAAGAAUAAGAAAAUCCUGCUGUUAGUUGACAACUGUCCUGCACAUCCCCAUAUUGCAGACUUGAAAAGCAUAACCCUAGUAUUUCUGCCUCCAAACACGACAUCAGUGUUGCAACUCAUGGAUCAAGGGAUCAUUCGAGCUUUGAAAGCACAUUUUCGUAAAAACCUUGUUUUAAAAAUGAUCCAGUUUCUAGAUGGCGGAUGCAGUAGUGUUGAGUGCCCGAAGAUCACUGUUCUUGACGCUAUUCUAAUGAUUCAAGAUGCCUGGACUCAACUCAAGCAAGGAACAAUUUUUAACUGUUACAAACAUGCUGGUUUUGUCCGAAGCAAUGUAGAAUGUACCAAACUUCAGAUGAUUUUAACGAAGAAGACGACGUACCGCUGA